UUUUUAUUUCGUUUAUUAAGCGACGAGAAGUGUUGACCAUGGCUGCUCUAUCAUAUCUGUUGAUUUACGGCAUGCUCCACCAUUUUGUACUAGAUGAUUCCAUGUACAAAGGAAAAUGUACUGUUACUCAAUUUGAUGAAGCAUCAAAAGUUAGAGAAGAAUGCUUGAAAUCUAUAACUGGUGCUUUGGAUCUAGUUAACACUAAGGAAAUUCCGGUAGCAUCACCAAUCAGUUUUGCCAGGAAACAAUGUACGCUUAAAACUCAAAUAAAUGGUUGUGUAGAAAAGGCCAAUGAGAUAGUUAAGGAUUGUUUCGAUACUACUCAAAACCAUGCGAUUGAUGUCUGGAAGAAAAUAGAUACCGAAAUAUAUGAUUAUCUGUGUGGUAACAAGGGUCGUGUGUCCUUUACCUACUAUAGAAGAGAGUCCACCUGUUGGAAAGACGGUGUAGGCAACGCAUCCGCAACUUGCAUUAAAAAUAACAUCAAAUCUGAACUACCACUUUAUGAUAUAGCCAAACUUCAGGAUCACUGCAGUGAAUUCAGCGGUUAUGAGAAGUGCAUGACAGAAGACAUACCAAAAACCUGCCCUCAGGACACUAUUACUAUAUUGCUACCUAUUAUAAAAUCUAUAAAGAAUGGAAUUUGUAACGACAUUGUACCAGGUCAAGACGACUAUAAGCAAUUCUUUAAACAAGCUCUUUCUGGCGACUUCAUGUUUUAGGUUAACUCAUAUUCA